GGGAACUCAAUAUUCCUUGCAAACCCGGGCGUUUGAUGGAUGGUCUAGCUACCAGCUCAGGCCUGGCUAAACUUGAGCUGACGCCUUGCUACGGAUUUCAUCAUCGCACUAGACUACAUUUAAUGAACUAGCAGGCAUGAGCGAAGCGUUGACCUGACACAGGCAAAUUAGGCUGCUCGAGUGGGAGACCGUGAGGUCCUCGCGAUCUGCUGAUACAACCUCGUGGUAUAAGCAUUAUACAGUCAUGAAACCUAGAUGAAGUUGAAGUGACAGUCCAGCAACGGGUCAGAUGUUCUUCGGGAGCGGUUCUGGCCCCGAGCGAGGCCUGGCGGGCCUGCAGCGGCGCCGUCUCCAAGCUGAACUCUCAGAGGCUGAUGGCUGUAGCAACAGCAGCAGCAAGCUCGCCAAGGGCCGAAGCCAGGAGGCGCAAUACUUGCUGUCCGCCUACCGUGCCAGCGUCUACCGCCCUGCCCUGCGGGCGAGCGCCACAGCCGCGCUCACCGCAGCUCGCAUUCCCGUGCCUGGGAGCAACUGCGUGGACCUGCUGUCACAAAGGCCAUGGCCAGAUAAUGAUAGUGACGGGGAGUCAGCUAGCGAGCCGUGUGAGUUGGAGGAAGAGGCGGUGGUGGAGGCAGUCGUCAGCUCACCCCAGCCCCCUCCGCCUGCUGGACUCCAGGCCGCAGACUCGCAAGAGCGCAGCCUGCGCGAAAGGCUCCAGGUCACACAGCAAAAAGUGCUGGCUGCAGCGGCAGCACCAGCAGCGGCGGCGCAAGACGUCAGCACAUCUGGGUUGAGGGUGCGCGCGCCGAUGCCGCAGACGCAACACCCGUCGCGUCCGUCGCCACCGCUGCCGCCACCGGCUAUCAGCCUCCCCGAGGAGUUGUGGAAACGGCUUCUGCUGGCACUGCGGCGCUUCCAUACGGCGACAGAGAAUGCGUCGAAGCAGGAAUCGCGCGGCAGGAAUGGCAGCGUUGGCGCAACAGGCAGCAGUGCAGCAGCCUAUGCGAACGCGCCAGACUCGGCCUUCAAUAAGUCAAAGCUGCGCAUGGGGCUGCUCCAAGAGCGUAACAAGCCGAUUGAGCAGGAACUGGAGGCGGCUUUCGAGGAGCUGCAGGAUGCCGUAGGUCAACUGCCGACGCAUCACGUUGCACAAUCCCUCAAUGCGGCGGCGUCUGCGCCCCUUGGACUCCUGGACCAGGGCGGCAAGAGCGCUUCCGGUACAAACCUCCUUGGACACGUGCUGGGACCCUCUGCAUGUGCUUCUAGCCGCGCGCUCAUGCUGGCUGCGGCGCACUGCCAGCUACUUAACUCGGAUCAGGUCAACGCUAUCCGCAACGCUCUUGACUUGACGGAUCAGCACAGCUGUGAGGAGGGCAUGGAGGCUGUCAACCGGGCAGUUGAAGCGCGUGUGCGUGCGGACACGGCGGCUACAGUGCUCGCGGACGCGCUGCUCCUGCACAGCGGCCUACCCGCGCUGCCGCGCCAGGAGCUGACAGCCGUGGCGGGCGCGCUGGGGCGCAUGUGGACCCGCUAUGCGCCGCCGAUGACGUGCGCGCCGCCGCAGGCGGCUCAAAUUGCGGGGGACGAGGGCGACGGCGCAUCGGGGGCGGGGGUGGGCGCUGCCGCGCUGCAGCCGGCGGCGGCGUGCCCCACCGCCGUGAGCCUGGAGGUGGUGGUGCAGCUGGUGCGGCUGUGUGCGGACGAGGUGUUGGCGCAGCGGGACGUGCGCGCCGAAAUAGAGCUGGCGCAGCGGCGGAGGGCUCAGCAGGACGGCCGGCCGGGUGGCUCGCGCGCAGCCCUGCCGCCAAUGCCGCCGCCACGGCAGCGGCCGGGCCAGCACAGCAGCAUCGCAUCUAAUGACGAGGACGCUGACGGAUUGGAGCAGGUCAUUACAGUAGAGAGUGUGGCCGCCUGGACCAUGACGCUGCACUGGGCCGCCGUGGAUCAUGCCGACGACAACCUGCGGCGCAGUGGUAACAAAAGCACCUCAGCACGGCGGUGGAUGGCCGCAUACUGCGAGUGCCUGAAGCAGCCGAUACCGGAUAUAAAUGCGGAGCCAGAACUUCUGCGCAUGUGCAUCCUGCGCGCACGAGACCAGCUGCCGGGCGUGCUUAAAGCAGCGACAACAGCAAUCGCGGCUGCUGCAGGGGCGGCAGCAGCAAGCUCCGGUACCCCAAACCGAACUGCAGACGGCGGUGCGCUGAGCUUCCAACCGUUGCUACCGGCGGCUUUGGCUGCGGGAGCGGGCCGCAGCCUCGGCAUCGCAGCGGCAGCAUGGGAAGGGCAGGGUCCUAGCAGCGGCGGCAGCGCGCCCGCAGCAGACUUACAUGGCACGGCGGCACUGCGCGCCGCGCUGGCGAGGGUGGUGACGGACGUCGCUGUCAAUGGACGCCGCCGGUUGCUGCUGGUGUCCUGCGACAUGCUGUCGCGGGUGGCGGCACUCACGGCCGUGGCCAGUGCGCUGCGUGCCCGGGGCCUGCCGCACGCAGACGCUCUGUUGGCACCCGAGUUUGCUGCUGGCAGCAGCAACCGCAGCUCUUCCGAAAGCGGCUGCGUCGUGGGGCGGGCGGCGCUGCAAGGCUACGGGCCAAUCUUCCUUCGCUUCAGCCUGGCGCCCGCAGCCUCCGGGGCUUCCGCGGCGCCUGUGUCCGGGCCGGCGCAGGUGGCUGCGGGCACGGCUGUGGCGUUGCAGGUGUCGCUUGUGCCAGGGGGCGUAAACGCGGCACGGGCAGUGCAGCGGAUAUGCGCCGGCGCGCGCCGCCAAGCGGGGUCCGCCUCCUCUGUGGCAGCAGCAGCAGCAGCAGCAGCAGCAGCAGCAGCAGCAGCAGGCGGCAGCAGUUGCAAGCCGGCGACUUCUCAACCUGCGCUGAGCCGCAACAUCAUCGAGUUCCCUGUCGGCGGCCUCAGCGCCUUUGACCCGGUGCCGUCGUGUGGCCAGGCAGAGGCGGACGAAGCUGGCGGCGCGCCCGCAGCCGGGACCGCGCCACAGCAUCAGGGGACGCCGAAGCAGCAGCCGGUGCCAACGAAGGGAAAAGGCAGGGACCCGCAGGCCCCGCAGCCGCAGCCCACCGCUGCAAGCCUCGGCGCACAUGCACAGGCGUUGCAGCAGUACCGCCAACGGCUCAAGGACAGCGUCCUGCGGCUUGGUUGCGCGCGGCUGGUGUGCCCUGGCUUCGAGGCGCUGCAUGCGGCAGCACUGGUGGUGGCGCAGGUGGAGGCCGAGCUGCAGGCGGAGCACGAUCCCGCCACGGGGCCCCGGCCGGUCCUAGAUACGCUGCCGCGCCCCGGUGGCGUCCCAGUUGCCCGCGGCGGUCGUGGCGGUGGCGAGGCGGGGCAGGGAAGCUGCGCAGGCGCUGGUGGUGGGACUGGUGCGACUGCUAACGGCCAGACGCGGAAGCCAGCUGCAGGCGCCGGCGCGUCGUCGUCGUCGUCGUCGUCGCUACCAGCGGUACCGGGGCCGCGGCUAUCGGCGGGCUGUCCCCUGGACUAUGUCAUUGAGCUGGCCGUCGCUUCCGUCAGGGCACGCACGCUGAACUUCUCAAGCUCUACGGAGUCAAAGGAGGGCCCCAGAGCGGCGGUCCGCGGGCGCGUGCCUGAGGACUGGCAGUGGCGAUGGCGCCAGGAAGUCAAUUAUGAGAUUAGCUGGCUUCUGGGCUUGCUUCCCGACCAGUCGAGCCUCUGGACGGCGCCUGUGGGUAACCGGCUUGCUGGCGCCGACGCGCAAGGAGCGGUGCGCACGGCGUCAGCGGCGAGGGCACCAGCAGCGCGGCGGGCGUCACGCCCGGGCGGGCCCCUGUCGUGGACACAGGAUUACCCACUGGAGCUGCUGGUCCUGAUGCGAAGGGACGAGCGGCAAGAGUAGCGUGCGGGGUUUAGGAUAGGCACUCGGACGACAGAGAGCCGUGUGGAAGGGCGCCAGGAGAGCGGCAUGGGGCGUCGCUGGUGGGCGCGGGGUAUGAUGGCAGGCGCUCAGCACCGACUGGGGGCAAGUGGAAUGGCAGGCUGCUGCGGGGCGCAGGGGCGCGCUGUAGCCACAACAAGUACAAAGCUGCAUCAAGCAUGAAAGAUCGGAGUCAACCUGUCAGUAACUGCCGCGAUGUGCAGGGCAUGUGUGUCAACGCAGCUUGGAUACUGAGUUGCUGCUGCGGAGGGUGCAGCAGCGUAUUUAUGCUUGAAGGACGUGCGCACAGUGAGGCAGUUUUAUGUUGGGGAUUAGUCAUGGUCGGGGGCUCGGAGUGGCCCUGUGCGCGUGCGGUGCGGUUCAUGCAUACCGGAUGUGUGGUGAUGGCUGGCAGGACUGCUGACGGUUCUGGAUCUAGCUCAUCCAGGCACCUGCAUCAGCAUGGCAGGAAGGUGUGCGGUAUCGUGUAGCGAAGAGAGCUCAGUUGGCUAGUGUGGAGAGCGCGCGUUGUGUUGUGGCGUGUACACGUGGCUGUAUGCGUUGUUCCAUUCAUCUCGUCUCGGCAUGUCGUGUAAAUGGACCUUUGG